AUGGCGAGUGGCGAGGAUCUCGCCAACGGCUUCAUUCAACCAAUUGAAGAUGCUCAAAUCGUACUCCAAGCUGCGCGCGCCCCUGAGCCUACAACACCCCGUCACCUCAGAGAGAAAGAAGACCUGCUGGCUCGACUGAAGAAAGAUUCAAAGAAGUGGACCACAAAUCAUCCUCGUCACCGAUUACUAGACGCCUUGUAUGGGUACACCAAGUACCCGGAGCGAUAUGACGAAGAGAUCUCCCGUCUAAAGGGUUUAUACGACAAGAUCUCCGAUGCCCAAAGAGCACUACUGGAAAAGCAUACGCAGUACACAGAUAAGUUCACCAGAGUCACAGACCUGCUCAAGUCGAACCAGGAAUUAUGCGACCGCAUUGUGGACAAUGCCCUUGAGUUUUACCACAUCGGAAGAGAGGAACUAGAGACACACAUGAAGCACAUGGAGCAGGACGGGAAAAAGGCCGACAGAGUGAGUGUCUCUCAGAGUCUGAAGCACAUGGUGCGCGACUGGACUGAGGAUGGUGGCAAAUACGAGAGAGACGGCUGCUUCGCGUGUGUGCUCAAAACGCUGGACACGCUGUAUCCAAGACAAGACGCAGACCACCCAGUCAAAGUUCUCCUUCCGGGCGCGGGACUGGGUCGUAUGGGAAGAGAUAUAGCGCAGCAAGGAGGUUUCGAGGUCACGAUCAACGAAUGGUCCAUGUUCAUGAACGUCGCCUACCGAUUCCUCGAAACACACGCACACAUUGCCCGUAACGAAAUGGUCCACCCUUUCAUUGACUCAUGGUCACACCACGCCCGGACGAGCGACAUGAUGCGGCCAAUGUCCUUUCCCGACCAGCCACUCAACGCGAGUGAUGUACUGCUCGUGGAAGGCGACUUUACCACGGUUUUCAACAGCGCGCGCCCAAAGCCCCAAUUUGACGUGAUCGUCACAUACUUCUUCAUCGACACCGCCAGGAACCUGAUGGGCUACCUCGACACCAUCCAGACGUAUCUCAAGCCUGGAGGCCACUGGAUCAACCUGGGUCCUCUCCUCUACGGGACGGCACCUUUUGUCCAGCUCUCGCUAGAGGAUAUUGUCGCCGUGGCAGAAAAGGGGCUCGCUUUUGAGUUUCUGGACGUUGCUGGGAGCGAGUGUGGGGAGAUCACGUUGGAGGGCAAGAAAGUCAGGGGGAUGGAAGCCGCCUAUGGAUUUAACGACCGAGCAUUGACAAAGAAUGCUUACCAGGCGCAGUUCUGGGUGGCUCAGAAAAGAGAAUAG